AUGAAUAGUACGAUACACAUAGACGACCCUGAUGGAUCGGGUCAGACCACCACAUCCAAUGUUUUCACAAAGCAGCAUAUCGAAACCAUCGUUAUCUUCGAGAGAUUGGGUGCUGCCUUGUCCGUCACUGGGGUCCUUCUCAUAUUCGUCGCCUACGCUGUUUUCAAAAGACUUCGUACCGUGCCGAAUACGUUCAUUGUUUUCGCCUCUUUCGCGAACCUGGGAGCUAGUAUUGCUUGUUUAAUAGGAUAUUCAGGGGUACUAGCGGGGUCGAAUAGCCAUCUAUGCCAGGCACAAGCCUUCAUGUUUGAACUAUUUAUGCAAUCAGAUCCAUGGUGGUCAUUUGCCAUGGCAGUCAAUGUAUACAUGGUAUUCUUCUUCUCCGCCAACCCGAAGAGCUUUCUUAGUUACUGGUGGGCGUACUUCCUCGUCUGCUACGGAAUACCCUUCAUUCCCUCGUUAUGGCUACUUAUUGUUCACGGUGGAGACGGGCAGAAUGUAUACGGCGAUGCGACGAUAUGGUGUUGGAUAGAUAAGGACUGGUCCAACCUUCGCAUCUACACGUACUACCUCCCAAUAUGGGUCUGCAUCAUCCUCUCAACCUGUAUCUACAUAGCCGUCGGUUACUAUGUCUUCAAGCAGCGUAACCAGUUACGCAACCUAUCUCUAAGCAACCCUACCCAUGAACCGCCAAUGUCGCGUGACUCAGGAGAGAAAACCCUCUUCACAAACGCAGCCGUAAUGGGCAGCAUAAACCGCGAAGUCGUACAAGUAACAACCGUAAACUCCACCUCGGCUCCAGCCUCCACACUCACCAGCCCCUCCUCCCCAACCGCACCAAUGCACUGGUUCGACGGUCCCCCCGACACACACCCCUACUACGACGGCCCCUCAUCCCCUAUCUCGCCCCCAAACCCGUACCAGACAACCGUAACCCGAAUAACCGCGGACCCAGCACCACGUGAAAACCUCCGCGCCAGGGUACGGGCAAAUAUUCAACGCUGGCGCGUGCGGUUCAGUCACAUGGAUCCAGUCAAACUGGCCUACCUGCGCACGUCGUUCGUCUUCGCGAUCAGCGUAUUCGUAACGUGGACGCCGAGCAGCGUAAACCGUGUACACGACCUAAUCUACGCCGAAAGCGCUAGUUUCGCGUUGAACCUGGCGAGUGCCGUCGUACUACCACUACAAGGUGUAUGGAAUGCCGUUAUUUUCUUUUCGACGAGUUGGUCGGCUUUACGUCAGGAGUUACGCGCGAGAAGUGAUUCGCGUAGGGGAAUUCCGCGGGGACAUCGGGAUGCAGUUGCUGCGAGACAUGAGAGGGAGCGCGAGAGAGCAGUUGAAUUAGCACGGCGUAAGACGCAUACGGGGAAUGGUCAAGGGAGUAGCGAUGAUGCGGGGAGUGAUAUAAGUUGCCCGAGUACGCUCGCUAGUCAUGGCGGAGGAGGCACUGUUCGGGUUAUGCGUGGCGGGUCGCUCACUAGUUUGUGA